AUGUGGGGUCCCGUGUUUCCCGCCGUCAUUUUAGGAGGCGCCGUCUUUUACGUAGUUAAGCGGCUCGCCAGGCCGCGAAAGGCGCUGAGUCUUGAAUGGGAGACUGGUCGGCGGAAAGCGCGGCAGCCGCACAAGAAGCCUCCCUCGUUCUACGCCGCACAAGGCGUGGCUUCAUCCGAGGAAUAUUUUAUCAACUCACGGGGCGUCGAGUUGUUUACCAAGGAGUGGCUGCCCAGUGACGGACGAUUGAGGGGCGUGGUGCUGUUCUGCCAUGGGUACGGGGAGACAUGCACGUACAUCUUUGAAGACGUGGCAGUGAUGCUGGCAGCAGCAGGCUACGCGCUGGUGGGAGUGGACUACGAGGGCCACGGGCUAUCAGCCGGACGGCACGGGUACAUCCGCAGCUUCACUCGCCUGGCAGACGACGUGAUUGAGUUCGCCAACAGGUUAAGAGCAAACCCUAGAUUCUCCCAUCUGCCGUUUUUCCUGUAUGGGGAGUCCAUGGGAGGGGCGAUGGCGAUUCAAGUGGCAAGGAGGGACCCCACUUCUUGGAAUGGAGCAGUGCUGGUGGCACCCAUGUGCAAGAUGGCGCAAGAAAUGACCCCCCCAGCACCAGUCAUCUUCGUUCUCAAGUGCCUCUCAUACAUCUUUCCCACCUGGAAGCUUGUGCCUGUCAGCGCCAACCCUGACAACUGCUUUCAGGUGCCAGAGAAGAGGGAGAGGGCUGAGAAGCACCCCUUUGCAUAUCAGGACAAGCCCCGCCUGGGCACGGCGCUGCAGCUGCUGCGAGUCACCCAAGACAUUGGCGCGCACAUGGAGGAGGUCACCGUCCCCCUCCUGAUUCUCCACGGGGCCAAGGACAUGGUUACGGACCCAGCAGCCAGCCAGGAGCUCUUCAUCCGAGCCAGCAGUGCCGAUAAGGAGAUCAAAAUCUACGAGGGGUGCUGGCACGCCCUCACAUGCGGUGAGCCUGAUGACGUCAUCGCCAGGGUGGUCGGGGAUAUUAUUGCGUGGCUCAAUGCCAGGAGCCUGCCGCCCGGUUCUGCGCCGGCCGGUGGUGUGGUGGAUGGUACUGCGCCGCCCGGGGUGGUUAAGGAGGGUGGUGGAGGGGAGGUGGGGGAUGCUACUGCGAGUGAUGAGAUGUCGAAAAAGGCCGAGCGAGAGGGAGGAGGUGGGCUGGGAGGAGACGUCGAAGGGGGGGUGGUGGCAGCGGGAGGCGGUGACUGGGGAGCGGGAUUAGGAAGUGGUGGUGCUGCUGGUGGUGCAGGGGAUGAUGUUGGGGAUGGUGGCGGGGAUUUUCCCCCAGUUGUGGGGGAGUUUGGUGGGGUGGUUGCGGAGGGCGCUGGUGCUGCCGAUGGGCUGGCAGCGCUGCAGAUGGCGUGGGGCGAGCUGGAGCCGACGUGGGCCGUUGGAUCGGACUGCAGCAAGGCCUUGGGAUUGUCCUGGCAACAUUUCCGGGUAUCUUCCCGAGGGGAUCAGCGCCCUGAAGAGCCUGCAGCAGAUGUGAGUGGCGGUGCGGUGUUUGGUGCACCGAAGAGCCAGCCUGCAGCAGAUGUGAGUGGCGGUGUGGGGAGCGGUGAUACUCCGUG